AUGGAAACGUCGGAUAUCCAGCUGCAGCAGCCCUUGCGAGCUUCCAAGAUGAGCCGCCUUCCUGGGCCGACCCUUCACCUAGGGCUGGUAGAGUUGUCCGACUCGCAACACAACGCUAGAGUGCAGUCUUGCAUCCCAGCUCCCCCCGGGGCGAAACCCGCUCUCAAGCGCGAGAUUCCUCAGCCAGCACAUCAGCCUGAUGCGAAACGCAAGCCCUUGGCCGACCGAGCCGCCGAAUAUUCUGUGCCGCCACCAGCAUCCGCCGCCACGCUCAGCACCAUCAAGGGACAAGCACUGACCCAGCUUAAGCGACCAAGCCGACCGACAGCAAACCCCCCUCCUGCGCCGGCAAGCAGCUUCACAAAGAGCUUUGGACCAGGGAAGCACCAGGCCGACAGGUCCCAUCCUCCGCCAUCGCGCUCCUCUCAUCUGAGGUCCAGGAGUCAAGCCACCCGUCCCCGAACUGCCAAUGGCCAUCGACCGGACGAUCGUUUCGAUGAGCCCGCCAGCCAUGCUUGGGACGUCGACGGGAAAAUGGACAGCAUGGAAUCGCAAUUCAAGGAGCUCAAGGACAUCAUGAGCGCCACGCUUACCGAACGUAGGGGACACGAGGAUGCCCUUGAACUAGCCAAAGCCAGAGUGUCGGAGCUCGAAGACCACCGCAAACGACUGGAGGAGCAAAACGAGACGUUGAAAGCAGACCUCGGCGCAGCCAGGGACGAGGAGCGGCGUAUGCGCUAUGAGCUAGAAAAGGUUACGUGGCAGCAAAGUCGGGAAAUCGAAGACAUGAACAGGCGGCACAGGGAAACUGUCGACGAUCUUUCGAGGCAGCAUAGAAAAGCCAUGGACGAACUAAGCCGGGAACUGGACCAGUUAAAGGACGACGAGGCCAAGGAGCACCAGGCGCGUCUAGACGGCCUCGCUCGACACUACCAGCAGGAGCUGGAGGAUGAGCGCCACAAGAGGGACCGCGAAAUCCAGGACUUGAGGUCCCGCAUGGGAAAUGAGCAGCAAGAUUUGCAUCUCGAGCUGCAACGCAAGGACCGGCAACUUGGCGACGCACGAUCAGAAUCCGACGGCCUCAAAGGUCAUCUCGAACGUGAGAGGCAGCUCAAGUCUUGCCUCCAGACCAGCAUUGCUGAGCUCUCCGCGUCAAACACCACGCUCGAAGCCAAAAUCAACUCGCUUCGGUCGCAACUCGAGUUCCUGGAAUCCGACAGCAAGGCCCAGUCGGACUCGUUUUCCAACAUGGAGGGGCGACUUCAGGAAGCUCUGGCCGCCGCGGACGAGGCUCGUCAGAAACUGAUCAAGGAAGAAACCGAGAGACGGGUGCUGUUCAACAAGUACCAGGAGCUCAGGGGCAACAUUCGAGUCAUGUGCCGGGUGCGGCCCGCAAGCGCCGAUGAGCGAUGCCGACAAGCCGGCAUCUCGUUUCCCGACGACAAGACGUCGGCGGAAAUUGUUCUGGCCGGACCAGAAGAGAGGAACAGUCUGGGCGCCGUCUCGAGAAAGAACUACCCCUUUGAGUUUGAUCGCGUCUUCCCCCCGGCCGUUGAGAACGAAGAGAUAUUUGGGGAGAUAGCGCAGCUCGUGCAAAGCGCUCUGGAUGGCUACAACGUGUGCAUCUUUUGCUACGGUCAGACGGGGUCGGGAAAGACGUACACCAUGUCCUCCAAGGACGGCAUGAUCCCCAGGGCCACACACAUGAUUUACGACACCAUGACCAAGCUCGAGGAAAAGUCGUGGGAAUACACCAUGGAAGGUUCUUUUGUCGAGGUCUACAACGAGGAGCUGAACGACCUCUUGGCUCCCAAUGACCGCGCCGGAGACGCGAGGUCAAGGAAGCUCGAGAUCCGUCACGACGAGUCGCGCAAGCAAACGACGAUCCUCAACUGCAGGACGGUACAGCUCAACUCGGCUCCCAGCGUCGAGCGAAUCCUGCAAGAGGCCCAGAGGAACCGCUCGGUAGCCGCCACCAAGGCCAACGAGCGAUCCUCGAGGUCCCAUAGCGUCUUCAUCCUCAAGCUUGUUGGCGAGAACGCGGCGACCGGAGAGCGUUGCGAGGGGACGCUGAACCUGGUCGACUUGGCCGGGUCUGAGCGGCUGAAGCAUUCGGAAGCAGAGGGCGAGCGGAUGAGGGAAACCCAAAACAUCAACAGGAGCCUGAGCUGCCUCGGGGACGUGAUUGAGGCAUUGGGCCGGGGCUCUGGCCACAUCCCGUACCGGAAUUCCAAGCUCACGCAUCUGCUCCAGUAUAGCUUGGGCGGCAACAGCAAGACGCUCAUGUUUGUCAUGGUGUCCCCGUUGGAGACUCACCUCAAGGAAACGUUGACCAGCCUGCGGUUUGCGACCAAGGUGCACAACACGCACAUUGGCACCGCCAAGGCGGCCAAGAGGAUCAGGGCGCCGGAAUGA